UCCUAUUGUUUACUCCUAUGUAGACGUCACUAAUGAUAUAGGUUAUAGUAUACAUUUUACUGAACUUAAUAAUUGCCGAUUGAAAUUUAAGUUUAGGUUCGAUUAUCAGAAAUUUGUGUAGUGCUUUUGUAAUUCGAAAUGGAGCAGUUCUUUACAUUACCUUUUAGCGUUUUAGAAGUUCCUUACAUGAAAAUAAAAAAACCUUCUUGGGUGAAGCAGCCUUCUGCCAUGACGAUGUUUUCUAUGGUUUUAAUUUCUUAUUUCUUAGUGACUGGAGGUAUAAUAUAUGAUGUUAUUGUGGAGCCACCAAGCGUAGGAUCUACUACUGAUGAACAUGGUCAUUCCAGGCCUGUAGCGUUCAUGCCAUAUAGGGUGAAUGGCCAAUAUAUAAUGGAAGGUCUUGCUUCCAGCUUUUUAUUUUCCAUGGGUGGAUUGGGAUUCAUCGUACUAGACCACAUACAUACAACUUCCACACCAAAACUGAAUAGAUUACUCAUUACUGCUGUUGGAUUCAUUUGUGUUCUAGUUUCCUUCUUCACAACUUGGAUAUUCAUGAGGAUGAAGUUGCCAGGGUAUCUUCAAUCUUAAAAGAAUUGUAAUAUUUGAAAUUCAUAUUUUUUUGAAUAUUAAGGAUUUUCCAAAAUUUUGGAAUACAUUUUUUUCAAUAAAAGUAUGUCCCACCAAAUGAGAUAAAAACUUGGUUUUAGAUAUAUUCUUGGUGUCUGAAAUAUGCCCCAAAAAAUACAAUUUUUACAUACCACAACAAAACUAUCCUCUGAGUAGAACACUGUAAAAUCAGAAAUUUGGUAUCAUAUAAAUAUGUAAAACAAGUAAUCUCAAAUUAAGACAUUUAUAACACAUA